UGUAACCUUCUUGAUAACCUUGCCAUCAGGUUUGGCCUCGUUAUCAGUUUAAGUAAUUUGUUUUGAUUUUUCAAAAAUUAACUUUAUAAUUAAGAAUUUUGAAGAAAAGAAUUUUAAAAAAAUAUGCUGCAUGGUGCAUUUUCUUCUGAUAGAAAGUAUUGUCAUAAAAAAAGAUAAAUAACUGCAUACAGUUUAUUUUUCCAUACUUAAGCAAGACAUUUAUGAGUUACUGUAUGUGGAAUAAUAUGCCCCAAGAGCAUUGUACUCUAAUGAACAUUAUUAGAAAACCAAUGGAAAGUCUUCCAAUGAAGUUAGUUACUUUCACUUUCUGUGAAGAGAGGGGAUCCAGUAAUAGGUAGCCUUGGGAGGAGGCAUAUCAUGCAACACUAGUGGUUGAAUCACUUUCUCCUUUUCCCUUUCAGCAGUUGAGGACGUUUUGUUGGUGAUUACUAAGAUUACUUACAGUUACAGUAAAAAUGUCUUUAAUAAGUGCCAGUCCAUUGAAAUUGAUUAGGUUGUGUGAGACAAGUUUAGUGAAAAAUAUGAAGAUUAUGGGAUCUUUUAGUGUAAAUACUUCUGCUAAGUAUUACAACAACAGGGAACUGUCAACAUCAAGGCAAUUGUUUUCUGCCAAUCAAAGGCCUGAUUGGAAUCGUGCUGUUUCUGAAGCAGAAAAAAUAGUAGGUUACCCUACAUCUUUCCUCAGUUUAAGGUGGCUAUUAAGCGAUGAAAUUGCUAACGUUGCUCUUCAUUUACGAAAACUUGUUGGAUCAAACCAUCCACUCCUGAAGACUGCCAAGAAUUUGAUUUAUAAUGGUCGAAACAAUAUGCAGGCCUGGGGAUUAAUUGUUUUAUUGAUCUCGAAAGCAGCUGGUCAUAGAAAUGUUCAGGACAUGGAAGAAGACAAAGCUGCUGGUGUGCUUUAUAGCCAAAGAGCACUUGCUGAAGUCACUGAAAUGAUACGUACAAGUCACCUAGUCCAUAAGGGUCUAGUAAACAUUUAUCCAGGCCAAUUUGAAGAACCAAGUGAAUUGAAAGAUAUGACAUUUGGAAACAAAAUAGCUCUAUUAAGUGGUGAUUAUCUUCUAUGCACAUCGAGUGUUGAAUUAGCAGCUUUAAGAAAUUUAGAUGUAGUUAUAUUGAUGUCAAGUGCUGUUCGUGACCAAGCUGUUAGUGAAUUUCUAGGCCGUAGAGAUAAGCAGAAUAAUCCUCUUCCUUCAACCGGGGGUGAAAAGAAUGCCCUUUCCGAUUGGACACAGAGGAAUGUACUUUCAGCUGGAAGUCUUCUGGGUAAAUCAUGUCAGGGAACUUUAAAAUUAGCAGGCCAUUCUAAUCAAUUGCAAGAAGAAGGCUACAAAUUUGGAAAGCAUUUGGCACUUGCGUGGCAGGCCUGUCUUGAGUUAGAGCCAUUCAUUGGAUCCAACUAUAUUCCAGGAUCUGUGUUCAGCUUAACUUCUGCUCCUGUAAUGUUUCAUCUUGAAAAAGACCCCUCAUUAUAUAAGGAGAUUGAUAAAGGCUGUGAUACAAUUCAUGAUGUUGAUUAUGCUAAGGUCCAUAAAAUUGUUUCAAAAGGGCCUGGCAUUGAAUUGACAAAACAAUUGCAGAAGGAACAUUCACAAAAAGCUCUUGAAGUAUUGAGUGUCUUCCAGGAUAGUGAUGCCAGAACUGCAUUAUCAAACAUUAUUUUUGCAAUGGGUGAACUCUGAUGCAUUUUCACAUUACUUAUAAUCUGGUCUUUCCGUGUUCAAGUAUUAUACAAAAAUAUUUGCUCCUUUCGUUCAGAUUUAAUCUUUUGGAACAAAGAAAACUGCCUCCGGUGCCUUUGAACAAUAUUUUUGUUAUUUUUAAUUUUUAAUGAAGUUUAUUUAUGUAUAAACCUGAAUUAACUUAUUAAUCUGUUAUAUUUUAAUUAUUGUUCACAGCAUGAAUGAAAUAAAUAAUGUGAAUUAAAUGUUAAGAUUUUAAUUUAUCUUAGAUUAUUUUCAAUUCCUUUCAAUAUGUUUAAUUUUUUUUUUUAUGAAAAAUCAUUGUACUUGAUUAUGUAUACCAG